CUUUAUCUGUGGAUAUUUUUAUAUUUACAACUUUGUUUUCAAAUUACGAUCGUCAACAUGUGCAAAUCUCAAAUUUAACUGAAUUUAUUCAAAAUUCAACUAAAUUUAAUAUUCCAAACUCAAAUGAAUUUAAUAUCUCAAUUUCAAAUAAAUCUAAUAUCCCAAAUUCAAAUAAAUAUGAACAUCUAGCAAGACAUGAAGAAAAAUUUUUAGCCUACCUUCCCCAUGAUGGUUUCAAUAAUCAGAGAAUUGAAUUAGAAAAUGCAAUAUUCUUGGCAUGGUUCUUAAACAGAACUUUAAUAAUUCCACCUAUCCUAUAUUUCACAGGAGUUACACCAAUCAUAGCACAACCAUAUGCCGAACUAUAUAAUCUUUUAUCACAUUUUAUGCUUCCCAACAAUAAUUUUAAAGAAAACAGAUUUAUAUUCUGUUUUAGUGAAGAUGAAACAGAAAUAGAAUCACUUAAUAUUGACCCUAAUACUGAAGUGUAUAAUGUGUCCGGUGACGAAUAUCCAUAUCAAGAACAGUAUUAUGAUUACUCUAAAUCAAAAACCAAGCUUGGCAAAUUUAAAAAACGG